GUUGGCAACUGGAUCCCUUGGAACCAUAGACUGGAGACCAGCUCCUGCAAAAGAAUGGUUUCUCCAUGGAUUGCCUUCUGCUCCAUAAAAGGAGGCAUUUAAAACAAACUGCAGCAUUUUUCUCUUAAGGCAUGGUCCCAGGACGUUGGGCCAAUGUCUUCCAACCUGGCAACAACAGACGAACCAUCAGGUGUCAUCGAAGGCCAGCGGGAAAAUGAGAAGGGCCCGAGGAGGAAGAAACGUCACAAUAGUGGGGAAGCCAUGGAGAGACGGCAGGACGUGUUGGAAAUCCAAGCUGAGAUUGAGAGCCUGACUAGGGCCGGAAGCCAGGCCUUGGCUCAGGAGCGUUGUGGGGAGGCCCUGACUGCCUUCAAGAAGGCCUUCCUAGCUUCGCUGGAAGUGACAGAGCAGCAGGUGCAGAGGGCCUGCGCUUUCAACCUGGGUGCAGCCUACGUAGCUUCCGGCCGCCCCGCCAAGGGCCUGGACUUCCUGCUCCGCUCGCAGCCAGACAAAAGCGGGGAGAGGCAGGGCGACCUGCACUUCAACCUGGGCUUAGCCCAUGAAGGGCUGGGAGACCCGCCGGCAGCCAUCGAACACUACCAGCGGGCUCUGGCCCACUAUCAGAGCGGGCAGGGCCACGGCGAGGCGGACACCCACAUGAAGCUGGCUGGUUGCCAAGCCCGUGCCGGGGAGCUGGACCAGGCCAGUCGCUGCUUGCGCAGGGCGGGCCUGGCCUACCGGCGGGCUGGGAGCCUGGACCUGGCUGCCGUUGCCCUCAACGAGGCUGCUUGCCAUAUGCUGCAGUGCCAGCACUUCACCGCCGCGGAGAUCACAGAGGUGCUGAAUGAGUGCCGGACCGUCUGUGCCAACAUCCAGAAUAAGGCCCUCCUUGGGAAGCUGUACAACGACAUUGGACUCAGCUACUCGCAGCUGAAGAUGUUCCUGCAAGCGGCGGAGUGCUUCGAGAUGGCCCUCCCCUACUGCCGGCGCGACGGUCUGGAUCGGAGGAAGGAGGCCACCGUCCUCCAGAACCUCGGUGCUGUCUACAACACCUCGGGCAACUACAGCAAGGCACUGGCCUUUCACCAGAGCGCCGCAGCCUUGCACGGUUCACUGGGAAGCCGGAAUGCACAGGGCCAGUGCUUCUGCAACCUGGCCUACGCCUACAGUCAGCUCGGAGACCAUGAAGACACAGCAGAGAAUUACCUGCAUGCCCUGCAGGCCUUCAAAGAUACCGGUGAUUUUCACGGACAGUGGCAAGCUUGUGAAGGCCUCGGAGCUGCCAGAUUUCGCCUGGGGGAUCCCGAGAGAGCCAUCCUUUACUACAAGCAGGCCCUAGUUGCUCUAGGCAAGUCACAGGAACCCACUGGGUCAGCCCAGGAAAGGAUUGUGAACAAGAUGACAGAUGCCAUCCAGUACAAGCUGUCCCUGAAUAGUGCAUUGCCCCAUGCCAGUGGUAUCCCACCUGCCAUGCCUUUGAAAUGCCUACCUGGAAGUUUUCCUCAAACAAACCCACUGAGGGGUCCUGCUCCUGUCACCCAUGGACCUGUAAAUGGACAUCAAAUGCAAAUACUGCAGCUGGGGGACAACGAAAUGGCCCCCUACCCCUCCAGCUGCGUGAGAACACAGCACAUCUGUCGAGAGCAGGGACACAGCCAGCACAGGCUCCCUUCACGAAGGCAUGAUGGCCCGGGCGCUCCUGCCACAGAAACCGAGCAGUCGCUCAGCGGGGAUCUGGCAGAAGCAGCAGAGAUCAAGAGUGUUGAGGGACCCUGGGAUAACAGCGGAAAUGUGCACCGCAAUGGAGCUAAGGCAGAGGAGAAAGAGAAGGAUGAUCUUACAGUCAUGACAGAUGAUGAGCAUCUCUACCAAGAGGAUAAACUCUACAGCAAUGGCCCUGCUCAGGAAAACAGGAACUUAAACAACACCUACCUGCAACCGGAUCCCACGUACCUGAACAGUCCACAGCUCAGAACAACUCUGAGUGAUCACUUCUAUGAAACAUUGCAGACAAGACAGAUGCCAGCAGCUCAAGAGGGCAUGGCUUUAGAAUCACAGAACUCUCAGCGUCCCAGCAAUGACAAUGACCAGGACUCUCCGAGGUGGAGGAGGAAGUGGGAAUCCAAAAUGUGCAAAAUCAUGUGAGAUUUGGUUUCCCGGUCCGAGAUAGUCCUGAUGAUGAGAUUCAAGCCUCAAUGGCAGACAUUUGUGACUCCCUUUCCUGGAAGCUGCCACGUUACCUCAUUCCUCAAUCAUAUUGUAGCGUUACCUUUCCCUUCGGCACUCACAGCGCAGCUCAGUAUUCCAACUGUUACAGGGUCCUUGAAAUCAGUGCUGACCUCUCACCCCAUCCUAUAUUGGGCAAGGUCAGGGGUCAGUUUGACCUCUCACUCUGUCCUAUUGGCAGGGGUGGGCUGGGGCCAGUACUGACCCCUCUCCCUAUCCUGUGGGGAGGGGCAGUGCUCCCUGUCCUGUGGGGAGGGUCAGUGCUGACCCCUCUGUCCUGUGGGGAGGGUCAGUACUGAUCCCUCUCCCGUCCUGUGGGGAGGGUCAGUGCUCCAUGUCCUGUGGGGAGGUUCAGUACUGAUCCCUCUCCUUGUCCUGUGGGGAGGUUCAGUGCUCCCUGUCCUGUGGGGAGGUUCAGUACUGAUCCCUCUCCUUGUCCUGUGGGGAGGUUCAGUACUGAUCCCACUCCCUGUCCUGUGGGGAGGGUCAGUACUGAUCCCUCUCCUUGUC